GCGCCUCCGAUUGGCCGCUGCGCCUGGCCCCGCCCGCUCUACCCAUUCAAGAUGGCGGCCAAAAGCGAUCUGAGGUGGCCGCGGCUGUUCCUGUGGAGCCUGUGGCGGACUCGCGGGGUCGCGCCGAGCCCGGCCGGGGCCUGGGGCCCCGAGGCGCGGCCUUAUUGCCCGGGCAGCGGCCCCUCCUCGCGCACGGCGCUCUAUGAGCUGCUCGGCGUGCCCUCCACCGCCACGCAGGCGCAGAUCAAGGCGGCUUACUACCGGCAGAGCUUCCGCUACCACCCGGAUCGCAACGCGGGCAGCGCGGAGGCGGCCGAGCGCUUCACGCGCAUCUCCCAGGCCUACUUGGUGCUGGGCAGCGUCACCCUGCGCCGCAAGUACGACCGCGGCCUGCUCCGCGACGAGGACCUGCGCGGCGCCGGCGUCCGGCCCUCCCCGGCGUCCUCCGCCGCCGCCGCGGCCCACGCGCCGCCGCCGCCGCCGUCGUCGCCGCACGCCGCCGCGACCCCCCGCGGCCAGCCGGCGCCGGGCGGCGGCCGCCCCAUGUUCGACUUCGACGCCUUCUACCAGGCGCACUACGGGGAGCAGCUGGAGCGCGAGCGGCGCCUGCGGGCCCGGCGGGAGGCGCUGCGCCGGCUGCGCGAGCAGCGGGCCCAGAAGGGCUUCGGCUGGGAGGACACCCGCGACGCGGCGUUCCUGUGCCUGCUGCUCGCGCUCUUCAUCCUGCUGGGCUUCCGCGUCUAGGGCCGCCGCCGCCGCCCCCCGAAGGGGGCCCGCACCCGGGGCCUUCCAGAAUCUACCUCUCCUGGGGUCAGGACGCGGCGCUGCGCAGCCCCCCCGCCCGGCCCCAGCCCGCCCCUGAGCGUCCCCCGCCCGCCCCGCCCCGGAGACCCCGCGGACGAAGAAGAGGGCCCGAAGCCCGCACGGGUGGCCGUCAGAAGUUGCCUUCCUGAUGGGGUGCGGAAUGCUGGACCCCCCCACCCCGGUGUCCAGGGUGGCUAGGCGCCGGGCACCUCACCUCCGUUGAUCCUGCCGGGCCCCGGGGUCGUAACCGCAGAGCGUGCCAUGUGACCCGUUUAUGGGCUGCCAAAAA